UCCAAACCAAAUAAUUUGUUUGAAAAUGACUGGCGCUGUCAGAAUAUUCUCUAAAACGCCUUAUUAUCUUUGUAAAAGGCCGGCAAGUCAUCAUCGAUCCGAUUACAAAAAUCUGCAUUUGGAGAAAAUGUCGGACGCAUUUCCUUGCUGGGCUCUACAGCCGAGACGUGAGACCGGAGCCACGGCAUUUCUCACUAAGUAUCCUGAAUAUGAUGGAAGAGGGACAAUUAUUGCCAUUUUUGAUUCAGGAGUUGACCCUGCUGCAGGUGGUAUGCAGGUCACGAGCGACGGAAAACCUAAACUAAUUGACAGAUAUGACGGCAGUGGGUCUGGUGAUGUGGCUACCUCAACCGUUGUUGAAGCAAAGGAUGGGAAAAUCACUGGUUUGACCGGGCGAAGUCUGACUUUGCCGGCAGACUGGGAGAACCCGUCCGGACAAUGGCAUAUUGGAGUAAAGAACGCAUUUGAUCUGUACCCUAGAAAUCUGAAAGAUAGGGUACUUGCAGAACGCCGAGAGAAGCUUUGGGACGAUGGGCACAAAAGUGCAUUAGCAGAAGCAGUUCGGAAACUGCAUGAAAAUGAAACUGAGAAGGAAGGUGAACAAUGUUCUCUGCAUGACAAGCUGGUAAAAGAAAACAUGGAAGCAGAGUUAGAGUUAGUCACAUCGUUGGACAAAAAAUUUAGGGACGGAAGUACAGCACAUUGGUUUUCUGAUCCUGGUCCAGUUUACGACUGUUUAGUCUGGUAUACAGGCAAAUCAUGGAGAGCUGCUAUUGAUACUUCAGAACAAGGAGAUCUUAGUAAAGGUUUAAACCUGGGAGUAUACAGAGAAACAUUGGAGUAUGGAAAACUCUCAGAAUCCGAUUGUGUAAAUGUCAGUGUAAAUAUUUAUGACCAAGGAAACCUGCUUGAGAUUGUAAGUAUGCCAAGUCCGCAUGGAACUCAUGUAGCAAGUAUAGCAGCUGCCUGCUUCCCAGACGACCCUGAUAAGAACGGGUUGGCUCCUGGUGCUCAGAUAGUGUCUAUAUCAGUAGGAGACAGUAGACUCAGCUCAAUGGAAACAGGAACAGCUUUGGCUAGAGCAAUGUCUCAUAUUAUGAGAGGAGAACAUUAUAAGGUUGAUGUGAUAAACAUGUCUUACGGCGAGCACUCCCAUUGGUCCCACGCCGGUAGAAUAGGAGAACUAAUGACUGAGGUUGUGAGUAAGCACGGAGUAACCUGGGUUGUGAGCGCUGGAAACGAUGGUCCUGCACUUAGUACAGUUGGAGCUCCGCCAGACAUUUGUCAGAAUGUUAUCAUAGGAGUUGGAGCUUAUGUGUCUCCAGAGAUGAUGUCUGUUAUGUAUUCCACAAGACAGAAGUUGCCAGGAGGUCAGUACACCUGGACGUCUAGAGGUCCAACAACAGAUGGUGAUCGUGGUGUUACAAUUUGUGCUCCUGGAGGAGCUAUCACCUCGGUUCCGCAGUUUACUCUCCGGGGUACUCAGCUCAUGAACGGAACCAGUAUGGCGGCUCCUCAUGUCAGCGGUAGCGUAGCUCUUAUGAUGUCCGGUCUUCGUGCACAGAACCUUUCCUGGAGUCCAUUUAGUAUUAAACGUGCGCUAGAGAAUAGCGCGAAUAGACUAGAGAACCAAUGCCCGUUUGGACAGGGCAAUGGUCUUUUAAACAUUGAAGGAGCAUUUGAGCACCUUACUAAAUUUGCAAACGCUCCAGAGCGUGAUGUUAGGUUUGCCAUCGGCUGCAACGGUGGUUCUAAGAAAGGAGUUUAUCUGCGGGGAUCUCAGGCGGAAAAGGUUUCAGAGAUUCCUGUUUCAGUCGAACCUUUCUUUCUUGAUGCAGACAACAGACCCGCCAAGGAUAAACUGAACUUUAACCUUCGACUUGCGCUUUCUUGCUCUGCAGCCUGGGUUCAGCAUCCGGAGCACUUUGAUUUGAUGCACACUAGUAGACAGUUCCUGAUCAGUGUGGAUCCUACAGGUUUACCGGCUGGAGCACACGCUGUUUAUAUAACAGCUCAUGAUACUGAGAACCCUGGAAAGGGAAAACUAUUUGAAAUUCCUAUAACUGUGAUAAGAACGGAGCAACUUAGUUCUGGACUCAAACCUGGAGUAGAACAUCAGGUUUCCUUUAAACCUGGACAGAUACAGAGACAUUUCCUGUCUGUUCCCAGCGGAGCUACUUGGGCAACAUUUAGGAUUAGUUCUCUCUCCUCUACAACUACAG